AUGUCGGCGAAAGAUACCGCCUUGAUUAAUGAAUCGCAGUAUACAAAUCAAACGAAUGAAUUGCAAACAACAACCCGCCACGAUUUGCAUAAUAGUCAACAUGAAAUUCCGGGAGCACUCGACCAGAACGAAGAUAAUGCAAUUAUCUCGGGCUGUCUUCCGGAGUAUAAUAAUGUAAAUAAACCACCUAUGAUUAAUAGACACUUCCCGAAUUUGCUUGAGUGCACACGAAACAAUAGCGUGGAAUCGAGGCGGACAAUGUAAUCCAUUGGAAAUAAGUAUAGUUUUCCAAUGGAUUACAUUGUUCGCCUCGAUUCCAAGCUAUUGUUUCGUGUGCACUCAAGCAAAUUCGGGAAGUGUCUAUUGGGGGAAGCGAGGCGAUGGACGAACAAUAGUUAUAUCGACUUCAGACAUUACAGAUGCAUAUGAUGAAAUUACAACUUGGAAAAAGAAUGUUUUUCUAGUGCCAUACGGGAAAAUAGGAAGGGAUUUUAUCGAUCAGAUAACGAUGCAUAUAAACGACUGGAAUAGCGGUUCGGAAAAUCAACAUGUUUCCCUAAAAGCUGUUUUUGUACUUCUCGCCGUUGGGCUUCAAAAGCCAAACCCGAAGUCCAAGGCAAAGGACCAUCAAGAUGCCUUGUCAAAGCGACUUGCACUUUGGAAGGACGGUGAGAUCAGUAAGCUAAUACAUGAGGGACGAAUCAUACAAAGUCGUAUUGGAAAAUUUAAAGGAUCAAACCACCCUGAUAAAGCUAAAGUCUUUGCUAAGCUUGUGCUAGAAGGUCAAAUCAACUCCGCCCUUCGCUUCCUGAGUGAAACCUCAAAUGGCGGCGUGUUAACGUUAACUGAUGAUGUAAUGACGCAAUUAAAACAGAAGCAUCCUGAGCCACAACCAGCAAAACUAGGAUCGGUAUUAUUUGGCCCGCUCAAUGACGAGAUACCCGAAUCUGUUUACUCACAGAUCAAUGGUGAGAUGGUUAGACAAGCCGCUUUGAGAACAAAGGGAUCCGGAGGCCCGUCUGGUGUCGAUGCUAACGGCUUUAGAAGAAUGUUGGCAUGUAAGUCCUUUAAGCAAUCAUCUACAAGACUGUGCGAAGCUAUAGCCAGAAUGACCAAGACUUUGUGCACACAAUAUAUCGAUCCUACCACUAUUGAAGCAUUGAUUGCUAGUCGUUUAAUUCCCCUAGACAAAGGCGAAGGUGCGGUAAGACCUAUCGGAGUAGGAGAGGUAAUAAGAAGGAUAAGUGCAAAAUGUGUUAUGAGCUUUGCAAAGAAGGACGUUGUGGAAGCAAGUGGAUCGUUACAAUUAUGCGCUGGGCAAAAGUCUGGAAGUGAGGCUGCAAUACAUGCAACGAACACCCUGUUUGAAGCUGAUGACAUUGAUGCUGUUUUACUUAUCGAUGCUUCUAAUGCAUUCAAUGCACUCAACAGAACUGUGGCUCUGCAUAACAUCCGUGUGUUAUGCUCGAUAAUCGCUGCCUACGCUAUAAACACCUACAGACAGCCAGCUCGGCUGUUUAUUGUUGGCGGCAAAGAGAUUGCGUCAGCAGAAGGAACCACACAAGGAGAUCCUUUGGCAAUGGCCUUUUAUGCGAUAAGUACCCUGCCUUUGAUCACGAGUCUACAGGCCGUAUCUACCGUGAAGCAGUGUUGGUUCGCAGACGAUGCGAGUGGAGCUGGUCGUGUUACACAAAUCAAAGAUUGGUGGGAUGCAUUGAAUACUCUUGGUCCAAACUUGGGAUAUUUUCCGAAAGACGAGAAAUGCUGGAUUAUUGUUAAGCCCGAAAAGGAAGAAAGUGUGAGAGAAGUCUUCCAUGGAACGGAUAUCAAUGUAACAGUGCAUGGGCAGAAACAUCUGGGAGCAGCGCUAGGUUCACGAGAGUAUCUGGAGGAAUAUGUUAAUGAGAAGGUCCGGCUCUAAUUGGGUCAACGAAGUGACAGCAUUAGCCGAAUUUGCACUGUCCCAACCACAAGCGUCCUAUGCCGCAUACACAUUUGGUUUGAAACAUCGUUGGACCUACUUCCUAAGAACCCUUCCAGACAUCCAGGACCUACUAGAGCCACUCGAAAAGGCAAUAUCGCAGAUUCUCAUCCCCGCUAUCACAGAUCACCAGUGCAAUCAACUCGAUCGGGACAUUCUAGCACUUCCAGCACGUCUGGGUGGCCUGGGCUUGGAAAAUCCAAGUCAUGAGGCAGAACGUCAGUAUGUGUCGUCAAAAAGAGUGACAGCACCCCUUGUUGAUCAGAUUGUAGCGCAGUUACAUCAGCUACCCGACGAGUCGCAUAUAAAAUCAGCGCAACAAGCAAGCCGUUAGAAAAGAAAGAGUGCAAGAGUGGGAGGAGAGGGCAGAACGUAUUAGUGAGAGUGCACCACCAAGAAUUCAGCGUAUAUUAGAUGUGGCUUCGGAAAAAGGAUCAUCUGUGUGGCUCACAGCACUUCCCCUAAAAGAACAGGGAUUCAACUUGAAUAAGAGAGAAUUUCGGGACGCCGUAAAGCUGCGCUAUGAUUGGCCAAUCGACGACAUCCCCUCCAUAUGUGUAUGUGGGGAUACCUUCACGGUUGACCAUGCCAUGAUCUGCAAACGUGGAGGCUUUGUAAUUAUGCGCCACAAUGAGUUAAGAGAUCUGGAAGCGGAACUCCUCAACAUUGUCUGUAGUGAAGUCCAAGUUGAGCCUGUCCUACAAGUCAUCUUGGGAGAGCAACUAAAUGGAGGCUCCAACAGAGCACCUGAUGCUAGACUCGACAUUCGUGCGCGUUGGUUCUGGGAAAGUCAACGAUCAGCCUUUUUUGAUGUAAGGGUUUGUCAUCCCAAUGCUGAUUCGUACAAGGACCUGGAGCUACGCCUUCAUUUGGAAUUAAAAAACGCUCAUCUAAGUCUAUCCAGUACCAAACCUAAGCUGUUCGUUAAUAACCAACUUAAUUAUACCCCGUAUCGAACUCGGAGAAUCUUUCCGCUAUCUUGGUCGUUGUUUCGAUUCCAACAUGUCCGAUGAAAGACACAAAUCCGAAUUGUGUGAUCUGUUUAAUGAUAUUAUAUCGAAAAUUGAAAAUUACCUUUACACCCCCGAAACAAAAUUCUUCUAUAUAGUCGCUACUUACUCUCAAAAAUCUCAUGGAAAUUAACAAUAACCGAUAUAUCUAAAACCUGGAUUUGCGAAACUUUAGAUAACGUUGCUACUAAAUAUAUUCGAAAAUGGCUGGAACUUCCAAUAUCUGCAACCCUUAGGCGCUUAGCAAUGUGUAUCUUCCCCAAAACAAAUUUGGUUUGAAUAUCAUUUUGCCUUCGGCGAAAUUUAUCUAAUGCCAAAUUGUUUCUCGUUCAACUUUAAAGCGUUUAUAAACGAAGACAUCAACAAAUCAGAUGUCGAAUCAAAAAAUUCGUCAAAAUCGAAAAAUUCAAAAAUUGAAAAAAAUCGAAAAAUUCAAAAAUCAAAAAAUUCAAAAAUCGAAAAAUCAAAAAAAUUCAAAAAUCGAAAAAUUGAAAAAUUGAAAAAUUCAAAAAUCCAGAUAAAUCGGAAAAUUCAAAAAUUGGAAAAAAUCGAAAAAUUCAAAAAUCGAAAAUUUCAAAAAUUGAAAAAAAUAAAAAAAUUCAAAAAUCAAAAAAUUCAAAAAUCGAGAAAAAACGAAAAAUUCAAAAAUUGA